AUGCGGGGGGCGGGGCUAUGUACUGAGUCGGCGCGCGAUAUCGCGAGAGCGGUAGACAGCGGAAGCACAGUCUGCAGGAUGCGGUUGCUGGUUGCGUUGGUCUUACUGUGGGUCGCAGCAGCGGGAGCCGAGCAGCCCCCUCCUCUUCCAUCAGCCGACGAAACACGGCUUACCCGUACGAAUGAUGGAAGGAACGAAGAUGGAGUCUCCGAUCAAGUCCGCUCGAGCGUCCCGCCUGAGGAGGAUCCGUCCUCCCUGAAACUGAAGCCCAGGGCAGGCGACGCUGCUAAGCCAGGCACGUCGCCGCCCACUAAAGGCAGCUCUACGCGGCCCGAGGAAAGCGACCCUGUUGAAGCAGGUGCGCCGCCCGCGGAAGGCGACCCUGCUAAGCCAAGCCCGCCGCCGGGGAAACGCCACACUGUUAAGCCGGACGCGCGGCCCGCGGGUGGCGACCCUGCUAAGACGGACGCGCCACCCGCUAAAGGCAGCACUGCGCGGCCCACGGAAGGCGAGUCUGCUAAGCCAGAUGCGCCGCCCACUAAAGGCGGCUCUGCUAAGGCGGACGCGCCACCCGCUAAGCCCACUGAGCGGCCCGGGAAAGGCGACUCUGCUAAGCCAGGCGCGCGGCCGGGGAAAGGCGACCCUGCUAAGGCGGACGCGCCGCCCACCAAAGGCGGCUCUGGUAAGCCUUACUCGGGGCAACAGUCCACGGAAAACAGUUCUGAACCUGAAGGAGGUUCUCUGCCCAAAGAAGAGAAAGAAAUCCCUGGCUCUGCCUCAAGGGAGAACCAUGAAGGGACCCUUUGGAAUUCCAUAAGUAGGAAGAAGGAUGACCUUUAUAAGGACAAUCUUGGAAGUGCAGAGAGCAGCCACUUCUUUGCAUAUCUGGUGACUGCAGCCAUUCUUGUUGCUGUCCUCUAUAUUGCCUAUCACAACAAGCGGAAGAUUAUUGCUUUUGCCCUGGAAGGGAAAAAAUCCAAACCUACUCGGCGGCCAAAGGCCAGCGACUACCAGCUUUUGGACCAGAAGAUUUGAUUUUCCUGUUUUUGAGAACCUCGUCCUCCCUGCUGAUUGUUUUUAAAUCAAGAGAAAUGAAGAGAAAAGUACUGUGAACUAAAAGAUACCCUCUAGGGUUUGGUGGCGAGUCCGGGCUGGCAGAGGUGGAGCGGGUGGGAGCAUUGCUUUGGUUUUUGCACCUGCACUUUAGUGACCUUGUACUCCUGUGUUCGCGUUAUUUACACUGGUGUCUUCCAUCCUUUCCUCCUCUGAGUGUGAGUAGAAGGAGUGAGCAUGUUGGAACCCAGCUUUGACCAAAGGGAGAACCCAGGCUCAUGUUGCUGACUGCCCUGCCUUGGGCCUUGGCUCUUGGCUCUAUAGUGAGUUACCCCUUGAAAAUAGCAUUGCACUUGUCACUAUCUUUGCAGAUCUAGGAGAAGACUCAGCAGCUUGAGGUACUUUUUGGUUAAUGCUGAUGGGCAAAGGACUACAUUGAACACACAAUUCUUUUCAAAGGCUUCAGCAGCAAACCAAAACAGCAGCUUAAUAAUGUUUUACUGCCUGUAAGUUCCACCUGUCUAGCACAAGUUCUUGAUGGUUUAAUGAUAUUUUCAUAUUAAGACAAAGUGAAUCAACUUCCAUUUGGUUGUACUGGGCAUAAAACUGAACUUGGGGGUUCUGGGAGUAAAGCUAUAAAGCCACUGUCCUCGUCGCAGAUUUUGAAAAAUAAAGUUAUGAUUAUUGAAACACUUUUCCCUUACAAUUGUAACAGGAACUUUUUAAAAUAGGGUAGCUUCAUGCUUUGUGCAAGAAAACACGUAGGAGGGUUUUGGAUUGGGUCUGCGUGUUUUUCAAAGGCCUUUUAUGAAAUAGGUUUUCCACAAACUCUAUUUUGCUUUUGUUGCCUAAAACAAAGUAGACAUUUAGAAACUAACCAUACUCUUUCUUUUACCUUAACCUAAUUGUCCUCUCAUCUAAUAUAAAAUGCUAAGGGUAGUUAGUAACAAUUCUUCCAUCCCAUACGAGGGGUUAUUAAAAUUUAAGAAAGUCACAGAGUUCCCCUGGGCUAGCAGGGCAGUGUCUUGGAAAUUGCUGUUUGAAGUUUUAUGUAGGUCUGUUUUAGUCCUGCUAACCUACUACAGAGAGCCUAGAAAGAGUUGUUUCUGCAAAGGGAAAACUGAAAUAGAAUAACUGAUCUCAAGAAAUACAAAGAAUAUGGGAAGUGAGGGCAAUAUGGUGAAUUCUGCGCUGUUGAAGAUCAAGUCUAAAGAAAGGCCAUCUUCUUUGUCAUACUGUCUUCCGCCUUGCUUAAGACAGUUCGUGGCUUUGAGCUGAGUUUUUCACUCGUUGUAGGUCCCUGUUUGUGGAGAUGAAGAAUGAAUGAAUGCUCUUCUUGGCAUCAUUCCCUCUCCGUGUGCACCAGUCUCACACUUUCCUCCAAUCUGAGGAAUCUGUCAGGCUCCCCUCGCGUUCCCUGAGACCAUGGUUAUUGUACUCCCUGUUGUGUCUCCCCCGUCCCUGCCUUUCCUCCGCCUCCCAGAUGUUUUCUGUUUCUGCCUCUCUACACUAGCACUUUUCCUCCAACCCUCAUGCUUACCCAGAUUCCCCCGCCCCGCCCCCAUCCAUCCUGUUUGUUAGUCUGCUGUUCAACUUCUCCAGUAAGUGUUGCUCCUGUGACUUUGCCAUUCUCUUGUUACUCUUUCUCUUGAUAACCUUCACAAGCUCACUUUGGUCCCUGCCUUUCUACUAAGUGUUUUUCCAUAGGUUCGGGUCACCAAAUCCAAUGGCUUGUUACCAAAACUUAGUCUUGACCUUGAUAGAAUUGGACAUUAUUAACCAUCCAAAUAGAAAUUCCCCUCUUUUGAUUUCUCUGACAAACUGUCCUCAUGU